AUGAGGACUUGUGGUGUUGUUUUCGGCAAGAUUAACAUUUUACCUGAGAAAACUUUGUGGACAUUCCUGUUUCUGCUUUCUUGUGUGCUGCUCAAUUUGAAGGCAUCCAUUACCUUUGGCUCACCUGUGUUGCUAAAUCUCGCGCCACCACCUGAGACUAGCGCAGAAGUAGGUUAUGCAAAUUCGCCGAAAAAUCCUAAAUUAUGGCAAGGACUGGCUGUCACUGUUCAGUGUAAUAAAUUACAUUCAAUUAUUUGAUUAAGGCAUUCACUUUUCUUUCAUCACACGUACAGUUACUAUGGAGUUGGUCUGAUUAAUCUGGCUGUAAUACACAAUUAAUUGGUAGAUACAGCCUGAAACUAAUGCCUGCAAAAUUGUGUAAAUGUUUCUUAAAAGCCAUUCUGGCUUGAAUAAAAUUACAUUUCAACUUAAUCUACUAGUCUGUGUGGUUUAUCCUCCAGCUGCUCGAAAUUUGAGACAGAAUAUCCACAGAAAAGUAUUGUUUACCCAACUUUUUACAGAGCUGGUAGGUAUUUGAUUCAGUGUGGCACCAAGGUAAAAUUAGUUUGAUAUUGGACAUUCGGUUUUCUCUCGUCAAUAGCUAUGAACCAAGCAUGCCAUGACAAUGAAAAUCGUAUAUUCUGAAUCAGGAGAGUAUGUAGAACAAUCAACAUGUUUUUUAUUCGGAUUUCAAUUUUCCAAAAAAUCUAAAAUUCCACACUAAAUAAAAGUGUCGAUUGUUCUCCACCCUCCACUGAUUCAGAAUAUAUACUUUAAUUGUCAUGGCAUGCUUUACACAAUUUUGCAGGCAUUAGUUUCAGGCUGUAUAUACCAAUUAAUGAUGUAUUACAGCCUGAUUAAUCAGACUACUAUGGAGUGUGCUUCCCUCACUGAUUGGAUAGCUCUUUGCAAAGCUUUACAACUUUUGGGGGUAAACAUAGCCCAACAAUGGACUAAAGGAGCCUAAAUUAAUCCUUAUAGUCCAAGGACCUUACAUGUUCUGUUUAGAGACUAAUUGUCUCUGGCAGCCAAAACAGCCAAAUACUCCAUCUAAACUAAAAUUGAUUCUCAAUUGCAGUACGGUUCUAGAAACAUAAAGCCUUCCACUUUCAUAUCACAUCAAAAUAAUUUCACAAAUACUAAAUAUACACUUACUUACACUGUUUUAACUUGUUUUAACAGUUGCAGCUGACAGUAUUUCUCAGUAACAACGUAUUUGUGGCGUCCGUCUUCCAUUUACACACAGAUGUUUAGAGAUGCAGAUAGCUAAUUAGCACAGGUAGUCGACUCUGUCUUCCGACUGUUCAGACUAACUCCAUAGUAACUGUGCAUGUAAAGGUAUGUAGUAAUUUAACCUUUUGUUUAAAUUUUUUUAUUUCUCACUGAUAUGAAAGAUAUGUUCCUUAUGUUUCCAAAACCAUACCGUGUUAAAGUUCAGACCGAGCGCCAGGGCUCUUAACAAAAGUCCACCGGCCAAAAGAUCUUAUCGUCAAUAGUUGCUAAAGGUAGUUAGUGUCUAUGAAUGGGGUAAACAGAGCUCAGGGUUAGUUGACCCAGUCAUAGUAUUAUGGCUUUGCACACAACCCAGUUUGUUCCUGACCCCAGCUUGCCUGGCUUCUCUGACCUUAAGUCAGUCCCAGUUUCAUGGUUCUUCACUUUACUUCACUCCUUUUUGGGAAUGGAGCUUUUGAUCAGCAAACUAGGCUACACUUUGAGCUCUUUGUGGUCUGGCUUUAUUUUUUUAUUUUUUUAAAUAGCUAAAUCUUCUCAGUACAGGACAGCCCAGUUUUUGGUCACACAAAUUCCGAAGAGUAUAGUGAACAGAGAACUGACUUGUAACUCAUAACUUGUCAGGCUGAAUCUUAAUUUGAGAAGCAUGCCCGUCACUUGAUCUCAAGUUAGGAUUUCGCCCUGGCGAUCUGACCUACCGAUGGUGCAAGGUAUCUUUGUAUGUGUCUGUUGGAACUUAUCAUUUAGCCUGCUUUAGAUCCAGCCUUGUUCAAAACCCAAGACUACCCAGUAAAUUCAACUAAUCUGGUUUUCUUUGCACUGACAAUUGUCUGUGGAGCUCCAGUCCAAUGCACAGGACCCUCUCUCUAGUAUUUAGUCUCUACCCAGCUGUGCUGGCUGGUUUCCAUUAGGCAGCCAUUUAAGGGACUACUGUAGGCCACAGAAGGCCCAGGGGAGUGCCGCCCAUCAUCACCCAGCUGCCGAAGUGGGCCAGAGCGCCACAUCCCAUCCCACAUUGCACUCUGCUCGCUCCCAGCUGCUCAUGGGAACAGCGCUGGCUGGCGGCCCUCAGGGCCUAAUCAAUCCAGUCAGGGAAAAGUAUGAUGGGUUGUUCCCUCACCACAAACAUCUCUGUCAGUGGUGAGAAUAUUUUAAUUUUAUUUCACCUUUAUUUAACAAGGUAGGCCAGUUGAGAACAAGUUCUCAUUUACAACUGCGACCUGGCCAAGAUAAAGCAAAGCAGUGCGAUAAAAACAACAACAACACAGAGUUACAUAUGGGAUAAACAAAAAAGUACAGUCAAUAACACAAUAGAAAAAUAGAAAAUCUAUAUACAGUGUGUGCAAAUGUAGUAAGUUAUGGAGGUAAGGCAAUAAAUAGGCCAUAGUGCAAAAUAAUUACAAUUUAGUAUUAACACUGGAGUGAUAGAUGUACAGAAGAUGAUGUGCAAAUAGAGAUACUGGGGUGCAAAUGAGCAAAAUAAAUAACAAGAUGGGGAUGAGGUAGUUGGGUGGACUAAUUACAGAUGGGCUGUGUACAGGUGCAGUGAUCGGUAAGGUGCUCUGACAACUGAUGCUUAAAGUUAGUGAGGGAGAUAAGAGUCUCCAGCUUCAGAGAUGUUUGCAGUUCAUUCCAGUCAUUGGCAGCUUGGCUUUGGGGGUGACCAGUGAGAUAUACCUGCUGGAGCGCAUACUACGGGUGGGUGUUGCUAUGGUGACCAAUGAGCUAAGAUAAGGCAGGGAUUUGCCUAGCAGUGAUAAUCAAUGGCAUCUCUGGUAUUAGCAUAUGCUGUGUUAGCGAGGUCCCAACAAACUAUGCUGAUUAGACCACUUAGCCCUCAUUUGAGUCCUCCGCUGUAUUCACUCAGUGCUUAAUGAUGUUUUAGGUUCUUUCAUACCAGCCCCAAUGCUUUCAUCUCUUCCCUCCAGGCCAGAUGUCUUGACCAUGGUAUUCUAAAGCACUUAAGUGUUGUAGUCCACUCAAAUUGCUCAAUUACUUUAUAUUGUUUUGUUCCCUUUCCUUACGUUGAACAUAGUCUAUGGUCCAGGAGAGCGUGUGAUACACAUUCUGAAUUUGUUUGUAAGUUCUGUGUUUUCCUGAAUAGCAUUUUCUGGAGAAGUAUGGAUACCUAGAGGAGGAGUAUCACCAACAUAAUGAUAUUGAGGUCAACACAGCUCUCAGGUACAAUCAGCCUGGCAUCAUUCAACCUACCAGAAAAAUUACUUUACAGUAAUAAUGGGAAAUUAGGGAAACCUUUAAUUGAGUGUCGUCAAUGAUUGAUUACAAUGUAUUGGCUGUUAAAGGAGAUGUUAUGUACAUUUUUCAUAGAUUUUGUGAACUCACUUAAUUGUUUCUCAGAACACCAAAUCUGAGGAAAUUUUUUAAUUCUCUGUGAAAAUGUCUUUAAGGUGUUGUGUUAACAUAGCUUUACCAAAAGUGAGUCCCAUUCCGCAGUUGUGCUUGAGUGAAAAACCAAGCACGUCUCUGUUUUCACAGUUGCACUGGGAGUUACCCAAUAUUUGGAGAAGAAAAGCAUGCCUCAUUUAAAAGAUUGAUCUAAAUGUAUUACAUGUUUAUGUUCUAUCAGCAAAGCAAAAGCUUGGUUUCCCUAAUGGAAGAAACAGUCUGCUACCAGAGCCUGGUAUUUAUCCAGGUGAUAGAGGUAUUAUGGCAGCUAUUAUUUAUGCCCUUAUUUAGAUCACAUGCAUUUGAGACUAAUGGAGAGCUAGACGGUGCAUUACCUCCACUGCUCAGCAAGGUUUGAUGUCAGUUGUAAACAACACCCACUACCAUCACAUGGGGAUCACUUGUGAAGUGCUAUAUUGAUUUCAUCACAUUUUACGGUUUGUUACUUUUUGAUUCUACUUGCUCUCAUUCUGGAUGUGUUCUCCUAUCUUUGUGUGUCAUUCACUCUUCUUUUAUCAUUCAUCCAUCUCUCCUCUGUCUGGCUUUCAAGGAGUUCCAGUGGCUCACCCACCUGCCAGUCACUGGGCGUCUUGACAGUGCAACCCAGCACCAGAUGGCAGUGCCCAGGUGUGGGGUGAGGGAUGACAGGGGCCAGCAAGCCUGGGCACAGAGGGUCAACAGCAUCUUCAAUGGAGGUCUGACCAAACCUAACAGUGGGCAGCGUCUACGCAGGAAGCGCCAUAGCCAGCUAGGUUAGUGGCCAGUCCAUGGACCCCCUUUAGCUGAUUUGGGCUCACAUUGGGCUCACUACUGGCCAAUUUCAAACCAACCCCCUACAUUUUACUAAUUUUGUAUUCCUUCUUUGAAGAUCAAAUGAUUGAAUUGAAAUAUAAUUGGCCCAUACAGAUGGACUUGAUUAUCCAGGUCAUACUUCAAGGAAAGACUGCUAAAGCAAUUCCAAUGUGACUUUAUUGUCUAGAAUGGAGAGGUCAAGCAUGUUGUCAGGCUAACUCAUCUCAUCAUCUGAACUGUGACUUGAUACUGCAUCCUCAAUUAAAUGUUAAUCGAAUCAACUAUUACCAUCGAUUUGAGGUAAUAACAUUAAGUUGUUUGCUCAAUUACUCCCAAUGGCAAGCUGCCCUGUUGGUUUCCGCAAUGACCAAAUUAGUUAUUAGCUGUUAGGCAGGAAUUCUCAAAUCCCAGGCUGGUUUUCCUUUAGUCAAUCCCAGAUUAGAGGAAAGUUCGGAAAAUCAUCCUUACUCCUGGCUUUGAGGUCCGAAUUUAAGAAAAUGGGUUUUGAUGUCUCCAUUAAAGGACUCAGUAGUGGCAGUCAACAUCCAUGGCCAUGUGCUUCCCGUGGUUGGUCUCUGUUAGGGUUGUUCAAUAUUAACUCAAAAUCCCAGCCAGUGUAGUAUGUAGGUUUGUUUACACACACAGCCAUAUAUAUAUCUUCAGGGAAUUCUCCAAUCUCCACUUGUGCGUGGGAAGCACAUUCUAAGUUAGAUAAAAACUCUUUGCACACACAUCCUAUUUUAUCUUAAAGGAGCUCCCUGGUCCCUUUUAGUCUGUGAGAACCACUGCCUAAAUGGUUAAGAUAUACGACACUCUCUCCAAUAAGCCCCCUGUAAGCUUGUACAUCUGCCCAGGCCCAUAUGGAGACUGUCCAACACAUCUUCACUGUGUGAGAGAUAGGCCUACAUGCUCAGUGGUAAAUGGAGCUGGUUUUGGGUAACAGGGUGCUGGUGUUUGUGGUCUGGAUGUUGAAAAGUAUGUAAUUCCACACAGCCCCUGGAGUGAUUGGAUAAUACUAGAAGAAUGCAGGAGCAUGCGUCAUACUGCCAACUUUUCCAGCUUCUGGUUGAUACCUGACAGCUGCCACCUGCUCCCUGUGCAAAUACUAGGAGAGGGAAGUCCACAGCAGGGAAGCUUGUGAUCCCCUGGAGCUAUUGCUUUAAAGAGAGAUUCCGGACAUAAUACAUGCAAGGAUUCUACAGUAUUUUGUUGAGGUAUUAUUUGACCUAGAGCCUAAAUUUGAACGGGAUAUUGGAAGACAGUUUCUGCAAGUUAGGCAGUGAAGGUCAAUGGGCAAGAUGCAAUUUGAACAGGAAUGUCAAUGGGCAAGACACUGUACAUUUCAGGGGAAUAACAUUUUGUGGCAUUCUUUCAAAUGUUAGUGUGGUAAGGAAGAAAGUUGUAUCUAUCUAUCCAUCCAUCCAUUAAGUGAAGGCAGCCAACAGAAGUCAUGGUUGAGAGACUGAGAGAAACAAGCUAUUGCACCAUCAAUUGAUCAAGCCUCACCAAUGAGGCAUGUUGGAAGCACACUGUAAACAUUGAGAGAUAAAUGAGAUAUUUGGUUUGCUUAAAAUAACACAAAUAUUAUGUGUCCAAGACCACAUUUUGGGGAGUUUCUUAUAUACUUGUUCAAAAGAGGGGCAAGACUGGUAAACCGGUUCAACCAUGUACAGUGAGGGAAAAAGGUAUUUGAUCCCCUGCUGAUUUUGUAGGUUUGCCCACUGACAAAGAAAUUAUCAGUCUAUCAUUUUAAUGGUAGGUUUAUUUGAACAGUGAGAGACAGAAUAACAACAAUAAAAUCCAGAAAAACGCAUGUCAAAAAUGUUAUAAAUUGAUUUGCAUUUUAAUGAGGGAAAUAAGUAUUUGACCCCCUCUCAAUCAGAAAGAUUUCUGGCUCCCAGGUGUCUUUUAUACAGGUAACCAGCUGAGAUUAGGAGCACACUCUUAAAGGGAGUGCUCCUAAUCUCAGCUUGUUACCUGUAUAAAAGACACCUGUCCACAGAAGCAAUCAAUCAGAUUCCAAACUCUCCACCAUGGCCAAGACCAAAGAGCUCUCCAAGGAUGUCAGGGACAAGAUUGUAGACCUACACAAGGCUGGAAUGGGCUACAAGACCAUCGCCAAGCAGCUUGGUGAGAAGGUGACAACAGUUGGUGUGAUUAUUUGCAAAUGGAAGAAACACAAAAGAACUGUCAAUCUCCCUCGGCCUGGGGCUCCAUGCAAGAUCUCACCUCGUGGAGUUGCAAUGAUCAUGAGAACGGUGAGGAAUCAGCCCAGAACUAAACGGGAGAAUCUUGUCAAUGAUCUCAAGGCAGCUGGGACCAUAGUCACCAAGAAAACAAAUGGUAACACACUACGCCGUGAAGGACUGAAAUCCUGCAGCGCCCGCAAGGUCCCCCUGCUCAAGAAAGCACAUAUACAGGCCCGUCUGAAGUUUGCCAAUGAACAUCUGAAUGACUGGGUGAAGGUGCUGUGGUCAGAUGAGACCAAAAUGGAGCUUUGGCAUCAACUCAACUCGCCGUGUUUGGAGGAGGAGGAAUGCUGCCUAUGACCCCAAGAACACCAUCCCCACCGUCAAACAUGGAGGUGGAAACAUUAUGCUUUGGGGGUGUUUUUCUGCUAAGGGGACAGGACAACUUCACCGCAUCAAAGGGACGAUGGACGGGGCCAUGUACCGUCAAAUCUUGGAUGAGAACCUCCUUCCCUCAGCCAGGGCAUUGAAAAUGGGUCAUGGAUGGGUAUUCCAGCAUGACAAUGACCCAAAAUACACGGCCAAGGCAACAAAGGAGUGGCUCAAGAAGAAGCACAUUAAGGUCCUGGAGUGGCCUAGCCAGUCUCCAGACCUUAAUCCCAUAGACAAUCUGUGGAGGGAGCUGAAGGUUCAAGUUGCCAAACGUCAGGCUCGAAACCUUAAUGACUUGGAGAAGAUCUGCAAAGAGGAGUGGGACAAAAUCCCUCCUGAGAUGUGUGCAAACCUGGUGGCCAACUACAAGAAAGGUCUGACCUCUGUGAUUGCCAACAAGGGUUUUGCCACCAAGGACUAAGUCAUGUUUUGCAGAGGGGUCAAAUACUUAUUUCCCUCAUUAAAAUGCAAAUCAAUUUAUAAAAAUUUUUACAUGCGUUUUUCUGGAUGUUUUUGUUGUUAUUCUGUCUCUCACUGUUCAAAUAAACCUACCAUUAAAAUUAUAGACUGAUCAUGUCUUUGUCAGUGGGCAAAUAUACAACAUCAGCAGGGGAUCAAAUACUUUUUCCCUCACUGUAGGUAGAAAUAAGGUGAAUGUUUUUUGGGGUCUGAGUGAUUUCCCACAAGCUCUUGAAAUGUGUUUAUCACACUCUGGCUCUAAGCUCGUAUAGGUGAAGAAGACUAACUCUUCCCACAUUUGUGUUUUUUCAGAGGUAUGUGUGAGGUGGUCUUGCUCAAUGAAUGUGUCUUAUUGGGACAUAAGGCCUCUGCUGCAGUCAAUUUACAAGGUUAUUUUUAUACUCGUAUUACAAAGAUGCAGGGAGUUGUUUUGACACCAAAAAAUCCUACACAGCAAGAGCUCUUCUGAAUGAGUUGUUUACAUUUUUUAAAGUUGUGUCACUGCUCAAACCACAAGUAAUGCAAUAAACAUUACUCUCUCUGCACUUAGCCAAAGGAUUCACCCUUAUUGUUAAAAAUUAAACACUCACAUUCCCAUUACUGUAAUAGUGCAUCUGGAACCAUUCUCACACUUCCUGAAAUGUGCAAACCUCUCUCUCUCUCUCUCUCUCUCUCUCUCUCUCUCUCUCUCUCUCUCUCUCUCUCUCUCUCUCCGUCUCCUCGUUCUCCCUUAUCCUAUCUCCCUGCAUGAAUGACAUUCGCUGCAUGAAUGACAAUCUGAAUCUUACUCAACACAACAGCGAUCCCAACAGUUGGUGCUAGUGACCCAUUUAACUACUCUUUUUCAACAUUUAUAUAUCUUACUUCUUUGUCAUGAGUCCCCCUUGCUCCUCUAUUUUCGUCAAUCCAUCUCAUCUCUCUGCAGCUGGGAGAUGGCACAAGCAUCACCUGACCUACCGGGUGGUGAACUGGCCUGGCCACCUCCCUCGGGGUCAGGUGGCCCUAGCCACACGAAAGGCUUUCCAGCUGUGGAGCAACGUGUCGGACCUGACCUUCAGAGAGGUCAUCCAGGGUUCAGCUGACAUUCGGCUCGCCUUCUACAAGGGGGAGCACAACGACGGCAUGGGCAAUGCCUUUGAUGGUCCAGGUGGGGAGUAUAGCAGUAUAACUAUUGAUGGUUUGACAUUUUGAUUGAAUCCUGAACGAUCAUAAUUUACCUGAAGGGAGGAUGCAUUUUCAAACAGGGCAAUUUCCAAAGAUCAGUUGGAUUCAGUUGUGAAAGAUCUAAUUCGGGACUAGCCCCAGCUGUCACAAUGUUCACUUGCUUACAGAUCUGUCUUGCCUGGUCUGAAAAUAGCCCCUAGCCUCUACUGCUUCAUUAUUUUCAGAUGUAAAGGGACCGGAUAGUCAUAAGAAACAUUGUGAUGGUUCCACCUAGCCUGAAAAUGGGAGUCGAGAAGCUUCCACCAUAUUUCUUAGGGCAAAGGAUUGCGUUGGGAAGCUUCUCUUCCACCCCUGAACCCUCUCUAUGUUUUUGUUAUUAACCCCAGGAGGCGCCCUAGCGCACGCCUUCUUCCCAUGCCGAGGGGAGGCUCACUUUGACAUGGCAGAGCGCUGGACACUGAACGGCUACAAGGGCCACAACCUGUUCAUGGUGAUUGCCCACGAGGUGGGCCACACGCUGGGCCUGGAGCACUCUCCUGUGCGCCAUGCUCUCAUGUCCCCUGUCACACCCUGGCUCUGGGACUCAUUAUGUUGAGCCAGGGUGUGUUCAUUCUAUGUGUUUAUUUCUAUGUUGGUAGUUCUGUUGUGUCUAUUUCUAGGUUGUUGUAUUUCUUUGUUUGAGUGACUCCCAAUCAGAGGUAACGAGUGUCAGCUGUUGGCUCGUUGUCUCUGAUUGGGAGCCAUAUUUAAACUGUCUGUGUUCACCUUGUGUUUGUGGGUUUUUGUUCCUGUACAGUCAUUGUCACUGUGGACUUCUCGUAUCGUCAUUUGUUUUGUGGUUUUCGUGUUGCACUUUAAUUAAAUAAAGUCAUGUUCGCUCAACGCGCUGCGCUUUGGUCCACUCCCUCAUUAGACGAUCGUGACAGAAAAACCCACCAUCAAAGGACCAAGCAGCGUGUCCAGGAACAGGCAACCUGGACGUGGGAGCAGCGUCGGAGGGUCGAGAGGCAACCCCAAGAAAUUUUUAGGGGGGGGCACACGGCAUGGACGACGGAGGCAAAGAUGGGGCGAAUCCAGGAGGCCACCAGGCCAGGGGUACACCGCCCUGUACGUCCUGUGCGGAUGCCUCACACAGAGUGUGUGAGGGUAGGCAUUCAGCCAGGACGGGUGGUGGCCGCUGUUCACUCCAGGCCUCCUAUCCGUCUCCACAGCCCGGUCCGGCCUGUUCCUGCCACCCGCACCAAGUCUACGGUGCGCGUCGCCAGCCCGACCCGGCCUGUUCCUGCCACUCGCACCAAACCUACGGUGCGCGUCGCCAGCCCGGUCCGGCCUGUUCCUGCCACCCGCACCAAGUCUACGGUGCGCGUCGCCAGCCCGACCCGGCCUGUUCCUGCCACUCGCACCAAACCUACGGUGCGCGUCGCCAGCCCGGUCCGGCCUGUUCCUGCCACCCGCACCAAGUCUACGGUGCGCGUCGCCAGCCCGACCCGGCCUGUUCCUGCCACUCGCACCAAACCUACGGUGCGCGUCGCCAGCCCGGUCCGGCCUGUUCCUGCCACCCGCACCAAGUCUACGGUGCGCGUCGCCAGCCCGACCCGGCCUGUUCCUGCCACUCGCACCAAACCUACGGUGCGCGUCGCCAGCCCGACCCGGCCUGUUCCUGCCACUCGCACCAAACCUACGGUGCGCGUCGCCAGCCCGGUCCGGCCUGUUCCUGCCACUCGCACUAAGCCAGGGGUGCGAGAAGUCAGCCUGGUAAGGCCCGUUCCUCCUCCACGCACAAAGCCGGGGGUGCGAGUCGUCAGCCUGGUAAGGCCCGUUCCGCCUCCACGCACCAAGCCUACGGGGUGCGUCGUCAGCCCUGUCCGGCUCGUUCCUGCUCUCCGCACCAAGUCUGUGGUGCGUGUCGCCAGCCCAUUCCGGUCCAUUCCUGUUCCACGCACCAAGCCAGGGGCGCGUGUCGUCAGUCCGGCUCCGGCCAGCGGGGCUAGACAGGACCAGGGGUACUUUGGGGGGUGUAUCGGAGGGUGGUGGUCAAGGCCGGAGCCAGAACCGCUACCGAGGAGGUAUGCCCGCCCAGCCCUCCCCUGUUUUGUUUAGUUGAGGCGCGGUCGCAGUCCGCGCCUUUAGGGGGGGGGUACUGUCACACCCUGGCUCUGGGACUCAUUAUGUUGAGCCAGGGUGUGUUCAUUCUAUGUGUUUAUUUCUAUGUUGGUAGUUCUGUUGUGUCUAUUUCUAGGUUGUUGUAUUUCUUUGUUUGAGUGACUCCCAAUCAGAGGUAACGAGUGUCAGCUGUUGGCUCGUUGUCUCUGAUUGGGAGCCAUAUUUAAACUGUCUGUGUUCACCUUGUGUUUGUGGGUUUUUGUUCCUGUACAGUCAUUGUCACUGUGGACUUCUCGUAUCGUCAUUUGUUUUGUGGUUUUCGUGUUGCACUUUAAUUAAAUAAAGUCAUGUUCGCUCAACGCGCUGCGCUUUGGUCCACUCCCUCAUUAGACGAUCGUGACAUCCCCCUACUACAAGAAGCUGGGGAAAGCCACGGUGCUGAGCUGGGAUGACAUCACUGCUGUACAGCAGCUUUAUGGUGCGUAGGCAUACUCCACUCUGAGAGAGGAACAUUAAAUUCUAUUUGAAUUUGAGCAAGAUUUUGAACCAGUCAUUUACAUGCCAACUACUACUUUAAAAAAUUGGAGUGGAAGAAAAAACUUGUGGAAGAGAGCGAGAACAUGUGGAGGUAAUAGUCAGUGGUCAGGUAGAGGAGGAAACAAGGUUACAUAAGGGUGUGGAGAUGAUGAUAAAAUGACAUUGAGACCUCAUAUUGAAUUUAGUCCACAAAUCUGACUAGAGAUUGGAUCAGCAUCCGUUUAUUUAACCCAUCACCAUAUGCUGUGCUAUCAUUCACCAUGACAUCACAGUGUCCGAUCACUCUGUCAUACAGUAUAUGAAGCAUCAAUUGAAAAAAACAAAGGACGGAAUCUUUUCAUAUUAAAAGUGUGGCUAAAGCCAUCACAUUUAUUACAGGGAAUCACACCAGGUAGCAUAGGCUACUGUAUAGACUCCAUUUUUCCAUCUGAACACUCUGAUGCUUUCCCAAAGGGAUGUCCAGAGAUCACUAUAUCACAGAGCCAGGCUUCCAGCAGAUGGAAACAUUGUUUAUCAGUCUUUUUUUCCCAUCCUCUCGUCCCCUCAAAGUCACACCAAAGUAAACAAGCAACAUCCUUGUACAUCAACGUUUCCACUUAGACAGUAAAACAGGGAGAAGCCAGACAAACUGUCUCCUCAUGUUUUGUCUCGCUCUCCUUAGGGAUGCCGAUUUUAUCAGGCCUUUACACAAUUGUUUGCUCAACCUUUUCUAAACAGAAUGGGUGGGCAACAUCUGGAGACAAAUCAAAGGAGAUGUUGUGUCUGCGAUUCAGUGGCAUCGGAAAAUCAUUUGGCUCUUUUGACUUUUUUUGGCAUCGGAAUACAGUAAAUCAAAAGUCAGCUCAGCUGUCAGUAUCUCAGCACUCAGUCAUCCGUGAUGUGUUGGGUUUUCCAUGCUGCAAUGUUAUGGCGUGCCAAUUAGUAUAUUUUGUGUAUCUCUCUAACUUGCUUUGAAACUGGUAUGUAGGUCAUAUCUGUACUUGUCCAAAGCAGAAAGCUGUGUAGUCAGAAAUAAUGUACAUUAAUCAGUCAGGCUUUUUGCAGAUGCACUUGGUCUAUUGUAGUAACAUAGAAGAAUAUGCAUGUAUAUUAUGUAUAGUCAUGAAAGCUUAUACAUUACUAAAGCUACUGUCCUUUUUGUAAUUGAAUGUUCUCUAUAGGGAAGCCAGAGAGUGGUCAGGUAAUCCAGUUGCCUGGUCAGGUGUUUAGCUCUGCCCUGCAGGACUGGGAGCUGUCUGAAGGGGGCACUGCGAAGCCUGAUUCCACCCCACCUCCUUACUGCAGGGGCUUCUUUGAUGCCAUCACCAUGGGUAAGACUGAACUGGUGGUCACUAUCUGACCAUGCUAAAAAGGCUCAAAAAUAAAUUCAAUUGAAAGGCUCUCUGUCACCCGACUGGAAGUUGUACUUACCUAACAUAUUUGAGGUUACAUUUUAGUCAUUUAGCAGACGCUCUUAUCCAGUUAGUGAGUGCGUACAUUUUUCAUACUGGCCCCCUGUGGGAAUCGAACCCACAACCCUGGCGUUGCAAGUGCCAUGCUCUGCCAACUUAGCUACACAGUCAGAAGCAAGGUUUGGAUAAGAGUUGACGUUUCAAACAAGACUAAUACAACAAGUAAGCAUCGCCAUCUGGUGGAUUUUGGCAUAUGACUAUUUUGGGACAUAAGUUUACAUGAACAGUAGGUUGAAAAUUCCUCAUUGACUUCUGAAGACAGUGAUAUACUCUGAUACCUAUAAAGCUUCCAUGUUAUAUUACCUUGCAGACCAAGAUGGUACCAUCCUAGUAUUCCGUGGGGGGCUGUUCUGGACUGCGUCUCCUGCUGGCCAGGCCAGCUCCCCUCUACCUCUGCAGAACCGCUGGCCAGGACUACCCCUCGCCAUUGAGGCAGCUGCUUACUCAAAGAUGGACAAUAAGUUCUACUUUUUCAAAGGUAGUCUGCACGUGAAGACACAAGUAACCCGGCAAUAAACCUGAAAUUCUUUGUUCUUGUUACAGUAAUAACUGUCUUGAAUCACAGUUGGUGUUAGCGUUCAAGUUCGAGAUACACAGUACAGUCAGGUAGAUUUUUGCAGAAAUGUUUCACACAGACUGAUUUUUCCGUUUGUGUCCUGAUAUUUGUGUUGCUGCAUUGCAAUUUCACAUCUCACACCACCAGCACCUCAGCACCUUCCUCCUUGCGUCUUUUCCUCCAGGCAGACGAGUGUGGCUUUACUCCAGCAGCGGUAUGGACCCAGGCUUCCCCCUGCGGAGCAGUGAGCUAGGCCUCCCUGGACACCCUGACCAGGCCUUCUACUACCCCCACCUGGGCCACCUGGUGGUGUUCAAAGGCCAGCGCUACUUUGUGCUCAACCUUGGGACCCUGAGGCCCGAACCAUACUACCCCCGCAGCCUGGAGGACUGGAGGGGCGUCCCCCAGGGAGCCAAUGGGGCCCUCAGCCACCCUGAUGGACAGGUAUACUUCUUCAAGGAGCAGCAGUACUGGAGCUUUGAUCCAGAGAAGGUGCAGGUGACUGGAGGGGGGAGGUGGGACAUAGUGCUGGAGUGGACAGGCUGUCUCGGAACUCACCACAGAGGCAAUGAUAUACUGUGA